AAUUCUCUCAGAAGAGAAAAGCCAAUGGAAUGGAUAUUACAGUCUAGAUACGGAUUCAAUUUUAGAAAAGUUGGUGUUUUUGAUUCACAGAGAGAAGAACUUAAAAGGGUCCGUCCGUUAACCUGGCUUCUUCACAUUGUAUCUCGAUUCUGGUCUCUAUUGUUUCUUCCCGGAAGGGAAAUUUUGUGGCUGAGAAUAAGAUCUCUGAAGUUCCAAUAGAAUGAUUCUGAUUCCGUUGUUGCUGAUCAUUUCGUAACCUCUGCUUUAUAAGAAAGUUCUGUAUCUGUCGGGAUCAUCUUUUAACCGACUUCAAUCCCGGGAAUCAAUCCACCUUUAAGCAGAAUAUCUGCGUUACUUUUCGUAUUGAAAGCCAAAAUAAAGCGAAAUAGUUAGCACAUCAGCAAAGCUGAUUCUGGACGACUCUGGACUGCGAAACUGAGGUUCGUAGGUUUCUGGGUUGAUUUGCUUUCUUUUUCCCCUUUUAUAUUUUGGACCUAUCCUACAAUUCUUGUACCUAGAGCUGUCGAAUUUGGCUCUGAAACUGUAAUCCUUUUCUUUCUUCUAAAGAGUGGUCGUGAUUUUCGGAUUAAAGAAUCCAAGCAUUUUCUGCUUUUCCUUGUGGUCGGUGGAUUUGUUCACGUUUAAGAACAGAGGCUCUAAACCCUCAUUACCUUCUACGAAGGAAGAAAUUUCUUGGGUCCUUAAAACAAGGAGAGAGCUGUUGAGUUUUCUUCAAGAGUGAAGAACAUAGAAGCAAAUUUACUUCUUGUUGCCGUUUCCUCUCUGUAAAUCAAAAUUGGACAAGAAUCCACGACACCGUUUGGAUUUUAUUGAGUGUAAGAGUUGGAGUCUCCGAUUUCAGGUUUUUUCGGUGUGCCAACGUUUUUGCUAAGUAACUCUAUUUUAAAAUUUUAAUUUUAUAUAUAGUUAGCUGUUGAAAGUAGAAACAUCAGAGAACAGAACUCCCAAGGAACAACUUCCCCUCUUUUCAGCGCCCUAAAAGAUAAAAAUUCUCUCUCUCUCUCUCUCUCUCUCUCUCUCUCUCUCUCUCUCUCUCUUCCUCUGUUUCGCGGGGAGGAGACCCUCUCGGGCUCUGUAUCCCUCUCUCCCUUCUUCUCUCAAACCAUGAUCUUUGAGAGAAGAUCAAUGCAGUCAAACCUGGAAUGCUUUCUGGAUUGUACGACACCCAUCGUUCCAUCACAAUUUCUACCCAAGACUGCUUUGAUGAACCUUAAUCGGCUUUGGCAUCCAUGGGACAGAGAAACAGUAGAGUAUUUCACCUUGGGAGAUCUCUGGAGUUGUUAUGGUGAAUGGAGUGCUUAUGGUGCUGGAGUUCCGAUCAUAUUAAAGAAUGGUGAAACUGUUAUUCAGUACUACGUUCCUUAUCUGUCAGCAAUCCAGAUCUUCACAAGCCAUUCAUCCUUGAACAGUUUCCGGGCUUUCAGGGAAGAGGUUGAUGCAAGGGACGGUGGGAUAAGAGAUUCCUUGAGUGAUUCCUGCAGCGAGGAGAACGAAAAUGACAAGUUGUGGAGAUGGGAUGGUGGUUCCUCUGAGGAAUGUGGGCAUGAUCAAGAGAACUCUUGGCAUCUGAGUGAUAGAUUGGGCCAUCUUUGCUUUGAGUAUUUUGAGAGAUCAGCUCCUUAUGGAAGGGUACCUCUCAUGGAUAAGAUCAAUGAACUAGCUCAAAAAUUUCCCAGAUUAAUAUCACUAAGGAGUAUAGAUCUUUCACCAGCUAGUUGGAUGGCAGUUGCUUGGUACCCAAUAUAUCACAUUCCUACAGGGAGAACUGUAAAGGACUUGUCUGCUUGUUUUCUUACUUUCCACACGCUUUCAUCUUCUUUCCAAGAAAUGGAGGCCAAAGAAGAUACGGGGAGUGCUGCCCACAGGAAGCAAAAGGAAGGUGAAGAAGGUAUAGUUCUCCCACCAUUCGGUCUAGCUACUUAUAAGAUGCAUGGAAGUGUGUGGAUCUCAGACGAGAGUGGUCGGGACCAAGAAAGGUUGCUGUCAUUGUUGAGUGCAGCAGAUUCGUGGCUAAAACAGCUAAGAGUUCAACACCACGACUUCAAUUACUUCACUGGGAUUCGCAAUCGAUGACAUCGCAGAACCUUUCUUUCCAUUCAAAUUAGGCCUAACCACCAAGUAAGGAAAUAUGCAAUGGAAAGCCAGAUCUUUCUUGGCUUUGCUUUAGUCCAUGCUUGGGAGGGGCCCAUGCGUGUGGAUGAUUUCCAUUCUCAUCAACUUGGAGCUUCAGUGGUGGGCUCCAUCAGCCUAUCUGUGGGGUGUAUAAUCUGUUGAGUGGGUUCUUUUUCCCUUUAAGACUUCCAAAGUUUACAGGAAAUAUGUUCAGAAAGCGAGACCAGAAAGGGGAGAGAGAGAGAGAGAGAGUCUUGGGCCAUAAAAUUUGUAUGGAUGAUUUACUUAGUUGUUGCAGCGAUGGAGCCAUGGGGCAUUUUAUAUC